GUGGCAUUAUCGUAAAGAGGAGCCCAGAGCAGCCCAGCAUCGCGAUGAGUUGAGCCAUCACGCACAGCACAUCGUCAUGCUUGUCUGGCACUUGAUGCAUCCUCGUCAUUUCGUCUGGCAGUUCUUCAAAAUCUUCCCACCAAAUCCCCCCGUAAGUCUUUUUCAAAAACAUAAUUUUUCAAACGAAAUUGUUUUGAUUUUCUUGAUGCCAUAAAAAAUGGGAAUUUAUUACUUGGCGGUCUGAGAUUACAGCUCUGACAUGGCUUAGGAGCAAGGAGAAGUUCAUCUUGCCAGCUGAACUUGGGAAAAAAUUCCACAGCAUGAGCAAACUGAAUGGCGCCUAUUUAUAAUUUAUUUAUUUGCUUUACAAUUUUAUGUGAUCUGGGUUCAUAUCUAAAAUUAAAAUAUAUUCGAAGGGACAUCGUAAUUAUUUACACAAUUGUCGUGGCUCAGUACUAUAAAUGAUGGGGAUUGAGUGGCUGAAACACACAGUUUUCGAUAACUUGGUUCUGGAGCUUCAACAUGAAGCUCACCGUGGUCUGUGUUCUUGUGGCCUUUGUUGUCCUGCAAUAUGUGGGAAGUGGCGAUGCUUGCCUGGAAGUUAUUGAAAAAGCCCUAGGUAUCGAGCCUUGUCACCAAGGUGGCAAGAAACAACCCCACAGAGGACCCGCCAAGGAACCCAAUAGGAGACCCGAAAGGCAACCCAACAGGCAACCCAACAGGCAACCCAACAGGAGACCCGAAAGGCAACCCAACAGGAGACCCGAUAGGCAACCCAACAGGAGACCCAAUAAGGGUAAUGAACCAUGUGGUUGUAAGCCUGCGAGACCAGAACCAAGGCCCAAUAAAGGUGGAAGACCACUUGGUCCUGGACCAGUCAUUACAAGGCCCCAUAAGAGAGAAAAACCCGGUUGUCCAGGAUCCGAAAGGCCCAGACCCAACCAUCCCAACCGUCCAAGACCAGGACUGCCUCAUAAGCCGAAGCCCGGAAAGCCUGAGCCUUCUUGUCCAGGAAAGACGCAUCCUUCAUGCCCAAAUAAGCCUCCCUCGAAGUCGCCGCCUUGCUCUGAAAACUCUACUCCGAAGCCGCCAUGCUCAGAAAAUACUACUCCGACCUCACCAACAAACUCGCCGCCUUGCUCUACUCCGAAGCCGCCAUGCUCAGAAAAUACUACUCCUACCUCACCAACGAACUCGCCGCCUUGCUCUGGAAACUCUACUCCGGAGCCUCCAUGCUCAGAAAAUACUACUCCGACUUCACCAACUAAUUCGCCUCCUUGCUCUGGAAACUCUACUCCGAAACCGCCAUGCUCAGAAACCACUACUCCGCCUCCUUGUGAAGAAAGACCUCCACCUUGUGAGGAAAGCCCAUCUCCCCCUUGUGAUGGAAACCAACCUCCUCCUUGUUGGGGAUACCCUUGUGUGGAAGUACCUACGCCCCCUUGCGAAGAGGUGCCUCCCUGUGUCAACCCCGGUGGUCCAAUAUGUUUUGCAACUAUAGAUUAGUUAUCCGUUCUAAAAGAGCAGCUGUGAAUAAUUCACAAAAUUCACACGAAUCUCAGGACAUACAUUAUUGACGAUCGGAAAGGAUCUUGGAUAAAAAAAACUUCGAAGCCCAAAAUUCGUUCAUUGUUAAUUCAUAAAUAAAAUUGUUAUGCAUUUAAA